AUGACUGCCGAAUCAUUGAAGUGGUCAGCGCGCCUACAUGUCGCACCCGAAUCCUCGGUAAUAAAGCGUCUCCAAGGUGAUAAGAUUGUUCUACCGCAAUCCGCUCUUGAAGGGCUGCUCGCCGCCGCACCAAUUGUCUCCAUAGAAGGCAAUGGCUCUCGAAACUAUACCUCGUCCUUCAAUCCCUUCAACCAAUACUCGUUUGCUGCAGAGCGGCAAGCCCGUGAUGCUUUCGCAGAUAGACAACAACAGUUGCCUCACCCCCUGACUUUCAGACUUGUCAAUCCACAGAACGGUCGUGCAGUGUAUGCCGGAAUUCGAGAGUUUAGCUCUGAAGAGGGAGAAAUUGGGCUCAGCUCAAUGCUACAGGAAGCACUGGGCAUCAGAAAUGACUCAACACAGACCACGAGGAGUAAUACUCCUCAGCCAGACGUCGACACGACCGAUACAGUCGUAUCGAAAAUCCCGACGAUCUCCAUCACACAUCGCAGUCUUCCGAAAGGAACCUAUGUCAAGCUGCGACCAUUGGAAUCAGGUUACGACCCUGAAGAUUGGAAGAGCUUGCUUGAGCGCUACCUACGAGAUAAUUUCACAACCUUGACUACUGAUAAGGUUGACCCCGAAGGAGAAGCAAUCUGUGUGGUGGACACAGAUCUCGAGGUCGACAUUGAGCCGAUGAAUGAAGAGCAGGCACGAGAGACUUUAGAUAAGAGGUUGGCUAAAGCAAAGAAAGCCCCCGGAACUGCCACUGGUAGCUCUGCUGGUGGUGCUCUUUCUGUUGGUCAGGAAAUACAUGGACAGGUCUUGCCAGGAGAAUACGUCGAUUUUGAGCUCAAGCAGUGGGACAAGAAGUCAGAUUUAGAGAUUCGGACUACCACAGCCGAAACAGAUGAUAUCGAUAUCCUUGCAAAUCCUUUCUCGAGCCAUCUUCGGUCGAAACCAAGAAUUGACGAGCAUGUUUUUGCCGACCUGAGCAGUCGCCCUGCUAAGAGACUGAAAAUUAGUCACACGAAUGUCGAGGUGGAAGAGGCAGAACAUAUCAACAUAUCUAUACACGCUUGGAAAGCUGAUAACAUCGUCGACCAGAAGCCUUUGCCAUUUACUGUUACAGUAUCUAUGGCAAGAGACGACAAUGGUCAGCGUGACCCACAAAAUACACCUGCGCAGCUGGAUACCGAUGAAGUUAUUUGCAAAAACUGCAGACAACACGUUCCUAAGAGGACUUUGGCACUUCACGAAGCGUUCUGUUAUCGAAACAACAUUUCCUGUCCGAAAUGCCACAAUGUAUUCCUUAAAAGUUCAGAAUCAUGGAAGUCACACUGGCACUGUCCCCACGACGAUGCUUACGGUGACGGCCUCUUGUCUCAAACCAAACACGAUACACUCUUACACCCAUCCUCAAUACUCCAAUGUUCAAAUUGCGACUUCGAAGCCUUCAACGUUCCCAUCCUGGCGCAGCACCGCACCUCGACCUGUCCUGCCAAGGAGAUUCUUUGCCCAUUCUGUCACUUGAUAGUACCUCAGCAAAGUCCAGAAGACCCGUCUUUCACUGACCCAGAAGUGCUGAUGUCAGGUAUGACUCCGCAUGAGUAUGCUGAUGGUGCCCGCACGACGGAAUGUCACAUCUGCAAUCGCAUUGUGCGGCUUAGAGAUAUGCACACUCAUCUCCGCCUGCAUGACCGCGACCGAAUUGGGAAGAUCGCUCCGCGUUUAUGCUCGAAUGUAGUCUGCGGAAGGACAAUUAAGCCUGGUGAUGAAGGAAGAAUCGCUAAAGAGCAGUUUGGCUUGUGCACUGAGUGCUUCGGCCCGUUGUACGUUACCACCCACGAUCCUGAGGGUAAAAUGCUUCGGCGAAGAGUCGAGCGAAGGCUAUUGCAACAACUCAUGUCGGGCUGUGGCAAGCCAUGGUGUCACAAUGUUCAAUGGUGUAAGACUGGCCACAAGAAUUCGACUGGUGAGGAUCGAGUUGUGACAGCAAAGGAUGCCCUGCCGAAGGUCAAGCCGGUCUUGGAUCGUCUAGCAAGCGGUGAUCAUACCGGAUUGAGCUUUUGUGUGGACGAAGCGGCUCAGUCAAGAAGGGCUAUGGCUGAGAUGGUGACCGCCGAAGGUGCGUAUGAGCUUGCUUGGUGUACAAAAGCGCUCGAGGAAGAGCACAAUGACCUGACCAAAGCUCGAGGGUGGCUCACAGAUAGAGCUCCAAAGAUAAAUGAGGUUCCCACGUAG